AUGCCCUGCAAGCAGCUGCUGCUGCCAAGUGCCUGGGGCUGGGGCGGCAUCGCCGCCCUUUGGCUCCGCCUGGCCCGAGCCCGGCCCCGGCCCCGACGUGGGCUCCAGUCCCGGCCCCGGCCCCGGCUCCUCCCGGGCCCCGCGGAGGACACAGGCGGCGCGGCCGCUGCCGCCGCCUCCGCUGCGGCUUCCCCGGCCCGAGCUCCGCCGCUCGGCAGCGCGGCCGCCGGCCCCGAGCCGCCGCUGUCCCGUUGCCAGCAGAGAACGCCUGGGGAUGGCCGGCCCGGGGCGCUCGGGGGGCGCUCGGGGGCCGCUCCUGGCCCCGGGCCGAGCGCUGACAGCCGCGUCCCGCCCGCAGGGAAGGCGCAGGAGGCCCUGCAGGAGCGCUACCGGCUGGGUUCGCUGCUGGGCAGCGGCGGCUUCGGCAGCGUCUUCGCGGCCACGCGGCUCUCGGACGGCGCCCCGGUGGCCAUCAAAAGGGUGCCGCGGGAUCGCAUCCGGCACUGGGGCGAGCUGGUGAGUGAGCGGGGCCAGCGGCAGAAGCCGGGCCGGCUUCCCCAGCCCCGGCACGGCCUCAGCCCCACUGACGGCAUCGCGCUCCUCCCGCAGCCCGACGGCACCAGCGCACCCCUGGAGAUCGUGCUGCUGGCCAAGGUGGCCUCUGGCUGCGCUGGUGUCAUUCAGCUCCUGGAGUGGCUCCAGCUCCCCGACAGCUUCUUGCUGGUGCUGGAGCGCCCGGAGCGGUGCCAGGACCUGUCGGGUUUCCUGGCGGAGCGGAGGUUCCUGCCGGAGGAGGAGGCGCGGGGGCUGUUCCGCCAGGUGCUGGAGGCCGUGCGGCACUGCACCAGCUGCGGGGUCCUGCACAGGGACAUCAAGCCCCAGAACAUCCUGCUCGACCUGGCCACCGGGCAGCUUAAACUGAUCGACUUUGGCUGUGGCGCCUUCCUCCAAGACACAGCCUACACCCAGUUUGCAGGAACCCUGUCCUACAGCCCACCAGAGUGGAUCCACCACCGACGCUACCACGGCGAGGCAGCGACCAUCUGGUCCCUGGGCCUCCUGCUGUGCCACCUGGUUAUGGGCAAGCACCCGUUCAGGAGGGGCCAGGAGAUCAUCUGGGGGCGGAUCUUGUUCCCACGACGGCUCUCUCAAGAGUGCCAGGAUGUCAUUAAGAGGUGUUUGUCCAUGCAGCCCUUGGACAGGCCGUCCUUAGAAGAGCUUUUCCGUGAUCCUUGGGUGCAGGGUGUUCCUCUGCCCUAGAGGAUGGGAGAGAUCCACGUGCACAGUUGGAUCCAGGGGCCUG